UGAGUCGUCGGGUUGAGGAGGAGUGCGGUUGGAGUGCGAGAGGGUCGCGGCCGCGAUGAUCUGACAGAUGAAAUAGCGAGAAAAAGAAAGAGAAGGCGGGCGUCCUCCCACACAAAACAAUGUUUCCCAAAGGCAAAGGCACCCCGGUGCCGUCGGACAGCCAAGCACGAGAAAAGUUAGCUCUGUAUGUCUAUGAGUAUUUGUUGCACAUAGGAGCUCAGAAGUCUGCACAGACCUUUUUAUCAGAGAUCCGAUGGGAGAAAAACAUCACACUCGGCGAACCCCCUGGAUUCUUACAUUCUUGGUGGUGUGUAUUCUGGGACUUGUAUUGUGCUGCACCAGAGAGGAGAGACACAUGUGACCACUCCAGCGAAGCAAAAGCCUUCCAUGAUUAUAGUGCAGCAGCAGCCCCCAGUCCUGUGAUGGGAGGGAUGCCCGCUGGUGACGGAAUGCCAGGAGGACCCAUGCCACCCGGCUUUUUCCAGGGUCCUCCUGGUCCCCAGGGCUCUCCUCACCCUCAGCCUCCUCCCCCUAACAGUAUGAUGGGACCUCACAGUCAGUCAUUCAUGUCGCCUCGUUUCGCUGGAGGUCCAAGAGGUCCCCCCAUCAGGAUGUCUAACCAGCCCCCAGGUGGAGGACCAGGACCUCAUCCCAUGCUGACCAACAUGGACCCGACACGACCACAAGGCCAUCCUAACUUGGGGCCAAUGCAGAGAAUGAGCGGCCCUAGAGGCAUGGGACCAAUGGGCCCCGGCCCUCAGAAUUUUGGUGGUGGAAUGAGACCUCCACACAAUACCAUGGGUCCUGGUAUGCCAGGAGUAAACAUGGGACCAGGAACUGGUCGACCAUGGCCAAAUCCUAACAACGCCAACUCUAUGCCUUACUCAUCACCAUCUCCUGGUGCAUACGGGGGUGCUUCAGGAGGUGGGGGGCCCCCAGGAACCCCCAUCAUGCCAAGCCCUGCAGACUCAAACAACUCGGGUGACAAUUUGUACACCAUGAUUAACACUGGACCUGGCAACAGAAAUAAUUUUCCGAUGGGCCCCGGCUCUGACGGACCCCUGGGAGCCAUGGCUGGGAUGGAGCCUCACCACAUGAACGGGUCACUAGGCUCGGGGGAUAUGGAUGGAAUGAACAAGAAUUCUCCAAACAAUUUAAGUGGCAUUAGCAAUCCGCCGGGGACUCCAAGGGAUGACGGGGAGCUGAGUGGAAACUUCCUUCACUCCUUUCAGAGCGAGAAUUACUCUCCAACCAUGACGAUGAGCGUGUGACCCCUCUCCACCCCACCCGACAUUAUUUGCCAUCAUUCCGAGGAUCUGAACUUACUACAGGACACGGCCAAACACAUCAGCACCGAAUCAGGGACAGGCGCCAUUAUGGUUCCACUCUAUUGCCAGAACGCUGAUCAGAGGAAAAACAAACGGCUGGCAACUUCUGCUCCUUGCUCAAAAUGAAGGACAAUUUUCUCCAUUUAUCCGAAAACCCCAGAGUGUGACAAAAACCAGCUACUGAAAAUGCAUUCAAGACACGUUUAUGUUCUUUCCUUCCUUCUUCCCCCCUCAACCCUAGAGCAAAGAGAAAAAAUGGUUGAAGUUUACCUCUCGUACUUUUUAAUUAUUGCUUUGUGUUGCAAGAUGUGCAGGAUUUGUCUCUGCUUCUGUCACUUAAAACACUGGAGAGUGUGUAUAUGCAUUGUGAGCUUGGAAAGUCUUUGUCUUGUCAUUUUACUUCUCGCCAUGCGUACUGUGUCACAAAAGUCAGUUGACAUAAGACUCAGAUUUUUGCCUUUUACUCUGUGGCCACCUUUCUGAAUAAUGUACCAUUGUUCCCAUUGCCCACCCUUCUAUUUAAAGAGGUCUGUAAGGGGAAAAGACUUGAAAGAGUACGGCUUCUCUUGUGAUGACCAUGAUCAAAACUCCCCGUGCUAUUUUUGACAGCAAUGUGAGUCUGCGCUCUUUGUUGUAAUUGAAACAGCUCUGUUGCUGUUGCGUUCUGUUAAGGGACACCCGAAGAAGUGAGUGCAUGAACGCUGAGAAUCUGUGUACAACAUACUACCUAGUGCUGCUCUUCUCUAUGUGGACACCUGCUUUAAGAUGUGGUGUAUAUCUCUUUACCUGUCUUUGCUUAACACUCUGUGCUCUUCAUCAUCGUAGCCUUCUGUGUUUUUUCCACAUCGUUUCAUUAUUAUGAUGAAAACAGCUAUGAACGAACUGCCCAUUUUAAUCUCUCCUACAUACUCGUUGUUCAUACUUCUCUCCUGUAUUCUUGGUCGCCCCCUUGGCCCCGGCCCCUCUUGCCCCAAACAUUUUUUUUUAUAUUUUGAUACAAUCUUUGACUACAUAUAUUGCCCCAGUUAUUCAGAGUUAGUCAAAGCUUUCUAAACUGAUUCUAGUAGGCAUCAUUAUAAACUUAGCGGCAGUCUUGUAAUGUGAUGAAAAUUUUUUUGUUUCUUUUGUUUUCUCCUGUGAACAUUAUGCAUUAUACACAUCUGUCCUAUGUUGCCUUUAUUUGCUGAUAUUUUUUUAUUUCAAAUUGAGGAAAGAUUGCUUGUUAAUAUAAUUUUACAAUAACUUAAACUCCUGUCUUGUUUGUUUUAUUCAGAUCAGAUUUCAGGAUAAUCUUCAAAAAUCUAUGCUCACAAAAGCUCAUUGUUACACCAUGAGACCAGCACAUUUGAAUGGAUCAGCAUCAUUAAAACAACAAUCAUUUAGAGCUCUCAACGUUGAGCCAGGGGGUGCUGUGGUCCACAAAGACACCAACAAAAGGAAAUCCUCUUUUUGGCAGGGAACCCUCGGCGGGUCAGCCUGACCUUCUGGGCAGAAACGAGGGUGAG